AUGCAGGUCUCUCUCGCGUCCGAGAACACGGCACUCGUCCUCGACUUGCUCUCCCAGCUCAAGCGCGGUGCUGCUCCCGUCGCCGCACCCACUCCGGCGCCAGCAGCAGCCAAGGAGCGGCCGCAUGACAAGGAGGCACGAGCGGCGUGGCGCGCUGAGAGGGCUGUGGAGGCGCAGGCAGCGGACCGGGCGGCGCGGCGAAAGGAGAAGGAGCACGCUGCGGCGCUCAAAGAGGCCUUUGCGGCGGACGCGGCGGCUGCCGCGGUGGUGCGGAGAGAGCAGCAGCCCAAGGAGGGCGGCAGUGUGCGCGUCACGAUCGGGUCGGCGGACAAGCCUUCGGAGCGGAAGCUGGUCGUGCUCGCUCGCUCGCCAGACCUCACCGAGCUGCUCAAGGCUGGCAAGGCAAAGCUGCGGCUGAAGAAGGCAGCCGGCGCGAGGCUCGCAGGCGAGGGCGGCCGCUGGGUGCGCUCGACGGCGGAGCUUGCCGACGGAGACAUCGUCCUGCUCACCACGGAGGCCGCGCCCGCCGAGGAGGAGCCGGGAGGCGGCGGCAACGGCGCAGAUGCGCCGGCGGCCAACCUCUCGCGAGCCUCCUCCUCCUCAGUGGCGGGCGAGAAGGGCGAUGAGGAGGAGGUCGCAGUGGAUGCCGCUCCAAAGGAGGCUGUGGGCGCCAUCUCCAGCCGGGGUGGCGCCGCGCUGCAGCAGCGAGGCUUGUGGUCGAGGCGAGUCGCAGAAGGUGUCGAGGGUGCGGGAGUAGGCGCGGCGGUGCUGGUUGGCGAGCCAGGGUGCGGCAAGUCGACGCAGCUGCCGCAGCUGCUGCUCGAGCGUCUGGCCGCCAUCGUGGUGACUCAGCCGCGGCGGGUCGCUGCAGUCGGGCUCGCGUGCCGCGUCGCCGCGGAGAGAGGCGAGCCCGUCGGGCUGACUUGCGGCUACGCGGUGCGGGGCGAGGUCAAGGCCGGCCCGCACACUCGCAUCCUCUACUGCACAGUCGGCUGGCUGCUGAGGCAGCAUCCCGAUGCCACGCAGCUCGAGGGCGUGCUCUCCCGGCGCGGCGAGGGGUGGGCCCGCCUCAGCCGCCUCUCGCACGUCAUCGUCGACGAGGCGCACUACUUCUUAGCACUAGCGCACGAGCGGUCUCUGCUCUCCGACUUCCUGCUCGCCGCCUUGCGCUCCGCUCUACUCGAGGAGGAGGGGAUGGAGGAGGGGGAGGACGGCGGCGGGGAGUGUGUUCGCAGCCUCCCCAAGCUGGUCGCUAUGUCGGCGACUAUCGACGCCGCUAGCUUCGCCGCCUACCUCGCCGAUGGCGAGGGCGACGCUCCUGUGGUCCGUGUGCCGGGUCGGCUCUUUCCCGUGCGCUGCUUGCAUCUCGAGGAGGUGCUCGCCGAGACGCGGUUCGGUCGCGGCGCGGCUCGAGGCGGGCGCGACGGCAUGCCGGCCGAGGUGGACUGGGCGCUGCUCACGCAUUUGGUGGAGCACAUCGCGACGGCGGGCGAGCCCGGAGCCAUCCUCGUCUUCCUCUCGGGCGCGCGCGAGAUCGAGCGCUGCUGCUCGGCGCUGCGAUCCCGCCCGUCCUUGCGCGGCGCGUGGGUCCGUCCGUUGCACGGCUCGCUCUCUCCCGCAGAGCAGCGGCGCGCGUUCGAGGUGCCUCCGCCUCCGACGCGCAAGGUGGUGGUGAGCACUAAUGUCGCCGAGACCUCCGUCACCAUCGGCGACGUGGUGACGCGCUACAGCGAGGCGACCCGCAUCGGCUCGCUUCGCGACGAGCCCAUCUCGCUCGCGAGCGCCGAGCAGCGACGCGGCCGCGCCGGCCGCGUCGCUCCCGGCCAUUGCUACAGGCUGUGGGCGGUAUCGGCGCCGCUCUCGCCGGAGCAGCCGCCGGAGAUGCUCCGAACGCCGUGCGACGAGGUGCUGCUCGCCGCGCUGCUCGAGCGGCAAGCAGUCGAGCGGGUCGAGGCGGCGCGCGCCCUUCCUCCGGCGGGAGGGCGCUUGCCCGCCGCCGGCGGCGUGACGUACCGAUGCACGCCCCUCGGCGGCCACCUCUCCUCCUUGCCGCUCGACACGCGGCUGGGAAAGAUGCUGCUGCUCGCCGCCCUCACUCGCUGCCUCGACCCGCUGCUGACCGCCGCCGCCGCCCUCUCGCUCGGCGCGUCGGUCUUCUCCGCCCCGCGCGACAGGCAGCAGGAGGCCUCGUUCCUGCAGCGAGAGGCGUACGGCCAGACCCGCUCGGACCAGCUCGCCGCCGCCGCGGCGUAUAGAGGCUGGAGCGAGGCUACUGCGAGGCCCGCUACCUCAACGCACGCGCGCUGCGCGCGUUUCGUGAAGGCGCCGACCGCGGAGGGCAUCGCCGAGGCGUCAACCUUUGCGGGCGACGAUGCGCUGCUGCGGGGCGUCCUCUGCGCCGCGCUCUACCCAAACGUGGCCGCCGCGACGCGGACGGCGCCGGGCUCGCGCGCGGCGCAGCGGACGCCGUAUGAGAAGGUGACGCUGCCGGGCGGCCACCGCUCGGGCGGCGAUGCGCAGGUGUGGAUCCAUCCUUCGUCGAUCAACGCGCGCCCUGAGCGGGCUGAGUCGGGCUUGUACGUCUAUCUCGACAAGGUGGAGACGUCGCGCUUGUUCCUGCGCGAGACGACCCGCGUCUCGGCUGCGGCGCUGCUGCUCUUUGGCGCCACGCCCGCCGAGCUCGACGUCGAGCGCGUGAAGACGUGCGGCCGCGUCGAGCUCGCGGGGGGCGUGCGCGUGCGCGCGUCGCCGCAGACAGUCCUGCUCUUCAAGCUGCUGCGGCGAGAGCUCGACGCGCUGCUCACGCGCAAGGCGCGCGCCCCCGACGCGUGGCCGGAGGAGGAGCCGCAGGGAGAGGUGGUGCUGAGUACCGUGCGGGCGGUGGUGGCGGGGUGUUGA